ACCAGCGCCAUUUGCGUAACGAGCCUCCGCAGCCGGAGCUCGGUUUGUGGACCUCUCCCGCAGGCGCGCGUGCACUUGGCGCUGAGUCUCUGUUCGGAUCCAGACUGGUAGUGCGCGCGCGGCAGCACCGGGGAGGCGGUGUGUGCGUCACUUCCGCCCAGGGACUCGUGCGGAGUUCCUUUUUUUCUCUCUCUUUUUCUUGUUUGAUGUCGUUCACUGGACGAGGCCUGGUGGUGAUUACGGCUGGGGCAGCCCGGGACAAGGGGGGGGUCGAAGCAGCACAGCCGGGGAGGGAAGGAGACAGAGCGGAAAGCGAGGAGCGGCGCGCCCGUGGAUGUUGUGAUUCGGCCUCUGCAGCAACCUCGGCCGGACGUGAAGAGGAGUGAAGGAAAGCCCCGAGGUUCCCAGGUGUCGUCACGCCCUGUCCGUGCUAAAGCUCUCCUUGACGUGCGCCCCCCCUCCACCCUGCCACGACAUCGCCGCCCCCAUUAACCUCCCCCACCCCCUCCCCCAGCGCCGCCCCCUGACACUCCCUGCCCAAGCAUGAACGACGUUACCGUGGUGAGAGAAGGGUGGCUUCAUAAGCGAGGUGAGUACAUCAAGACAUGGAGGCCACGGUACUUCAUCCUGAAGAGCGAUGGCUCCUUCAUUGGCUACAAGGAGCGGCCGGAGACGUCGGACCACAGUCUCCCCCCUCUCAACAACUUCUCGGUGGCAGAGUGCCAGCUGAUGAAGACAGAGAGGCCCAAACCGAACACCUUCGUGAUCCGGUGCCUGCAGUGGACCACGGUCAUCGAGCGCACCUUCCAUGUGGAGAGCAAUGAGGAGCGGGAAGAGUGGAUGAAGGCCAUCCAGACCGUGGCCAACGGCCUGAAGAUGCGUGAGGAGGACGAAGCCAUGGACUUCCGCUUUAGCAGCGACAGCAGCGGCAUGGAGGAGAUGGAAGUGACCAUGUCCAAGUCACGCAGCAAAGUGACCAUGAAUGACUUUGACUACCUGAAGCUGCUGGGUAAGGGCACCUUCGGGAAGGUGAUCCUGGUGAAGGAGAAGGCCACAGGUGUGUACUACGCCAUGAAGAUCCUGCGCAAGGAAGUCAUCAUCGCCAAGGAUGAAGUGGCACACACCGUGACUGAGAGCCGGGUGUUGCAGAAUACCAGGCAUCCCUUCCUCACUACACUAAAGUACGCCUUUCAGACCCAUGAUCGCCUCUGCUUUGUGAUGGAGUACGCCAAUGGAGGAGAGUUGUUCUUUCACCUUUCCCGGGAGCGCGUCUUCACCGAGGACCGGGCACGAUUCUACGGCGCCGAGAUCGUGUCCGCGCUGGAGUACCUGCACUCUCGAGACGUGGUCUACAGGGAUCUCAAGCUGGAGAACCUCAUGCUAGACAAGGAUGGCCACAUCAAGAUUACGGACUUCGGCCUGUGCAAGGAAGGCAUCACCGACGGGGCCACCAUGAAAACCUUCUGCGGCACCCCCGAGUACCUGGCCCCCGAGGUGCUGGAGGACAAUGACUACGGCCGGGCAGUGGACUGGUGGGGGCUGGGUGUGGUCAUGUACGAGAUGAUGUGCGGCCGGCUGCCCUUCUACAACCAGGACCACGAGCGGCUAUUCGAACUCAUCCUCAUGGAGGAGAUCCGCUUCCCUAGGAACCUGUCUCCUGAGGCCAAGGCGCUUCUGGCCGGGCUGCUCAAAAAGGACCCCAAGCAGAGGCUUGGAGGCGGGACUGACGACGCUAAGGAAGUGAUGACCCACAGAUUCUUCAGCUCCAUCAACUGGCAGGAUGUCCUCCAGAAGAAGCUGACCCCGCCCUUCAAGCCCCAGGUGACGUCGGAGACGGACACGCGUUACUUUGACGAUGAGUUCACCGCACAGACCAUCACGCUCACACCCCCGGACAAGUAUGAUAGCCUGGACUGCGAGGAGUCGGACCACUUCCCGCAGUUCUCGUACUCAGCCAGCAUACGCGAGUGAUGGCACCCCGGCUCCGCCUCUCGCUCCCUCGCACGCGCAGUCGCACGCGCAGUCGCACGCGCACACACAGCCGCAGGCCCCGACCUCAGGAGCAACACGUGCCUUCGUCGCCGCCGGCCUUCUCCGGUCCACCAGCACCCGACACGCUCAACACGAAACGACCCGCCGCGUCCUCACCAUCUUUCAAGAAGCAAAUUUUUCGGAAAGAAAGUAUUUUAAACCUUAUCUGUUUUCACUCAUUGACAUGGUUUUAAAAGCCAUAUUUACAUUUUUUUUUUCUUCCUAAAGGUGCUCUUUGUAGAACUGUUACGAUACUUUGGACCCAGUGCUGAUGGUCUGUGUCAACUGUGGACAGAUUAGAACAGAUUGGCCCUUAAAUAAAUAAACCACACAAACUGAAGCCCCGGAUUUAACCUGGAGACUGGAAAUAAUUGUAGAUAUUUUUCUUGGGGGCUGGGAGGGAGCUGUCCAUCUGUCGGGCUGCUGGCACCUGGGCAAAAAAAAGGACAAUGCCGAUUCAUCCAGACUCAUUUCAGCCAUUUUGAAUGUAAAAGAAUCUCAAGUGUUGUUUUUUUUUGGCCCUUAGACGGUUGCUGUUACCAUGGAAUGUUCCAGAACUCACUUCACAGUUAUGAACAUUGUGCAUAUCAUAUUAUUAUUAUUUUGUCUUGUUGAAGCAGUAUGUGGAGAGAUGUGUAAUAUCACCUGGGGCUUGACAGUAGCGUGUAGACUCACACUUCUGACCGUUUUGAUUAUAAACAAGCCAUAUGCUUCACUCUCUGGGGGGGGGGGGUCACACCUGUGUGCCCCCACGGUGCUGCUCCUGUGUUGUCCAGGACGAGGCAGGACCUCCGGCUUAUUGUAAACAUCACAAUGACAGUUUGGUUUUCUUGUUGCCUUUUAAAAUAUUUCAAUGCUUUGUAACUUUUAUAAAUUUAGGUCCCCCCCCCCUCAUAGUCCUUUGUAUCCCUUGAUACUUUGGAAGGUAAUGCUCAAAAAAAAUUUAUAAAUGUAUAUUAAAAACUUUUGUUGUGUUGA